GUGACAAAAUUUUUCCGGGUCCGUUGAAGUCGAAUGCUUGAGCCGCAUAUCCGGUGUUUACAUCUGGCUGUCUAGGCAUUCUCUUUGUUCAUACUUUGUUAAAGUUUUUCUUUCUCUUUUGCCUGGGCUGCUUUGAUCACUUGCGUUCUCGUUCGUGCUACGUCCGAGCUCCGUCUCUGACUCUUCGGAGAUAAGCAAGAGACCCUUCACAAUGCCAUUGAUAUCGACCGAACAGCUGUCCAGGCACAACAAGCCUGGCGAUGCGUGGAUCCUGAUCGACACGACGGUAUGGGACGUCACAGACUUCGCAGAGCAGCAUCCCGGCGGGGCGGAAAUCAUCUACCAGUACAUCGGCCAUGAUGCCACGGACGCAUACAACGAGGUCCACGGGCCGUCCCUGGUGAAGAAGUAUCUUGAUGCAUCUAAAAACAUAGGCCAAAUCGACAGCAGCACCGUGACGGCCGAGUGGAAGAAGCGGCAAGCGUCAACGAUGGAAUCGGCACCCAAGGCGGACCCCAGUGAGAGGCCGCCGUUGGAGACGAUUCUGAACAUGCACGACUUUGAGAAAGUGGCGGAGAAGCAUGUGAGCCCGAAGGCGUGGGCAUUUCAGAUGACGGCUGCGAACGAUCAUAUCACAAAGGCUGCAAAUGCCGACUACUGGCGGCGAAUCUACUUUAGACCAAGGAUAUUGACAGGCGUAAAAAAUGUCGAUGUCAGCUGUGAGGUCCUAGGGGAGAAAUAUUCGCUCCCGCUCUUCUCAGCACCUGCCGCACUCGCCCGUCUCAGCCAUCCCGAUGGCGAGCAGGCGAUGGCGCGAGCACUUUCUGCAAAGGGCACGACGAUCAUCGCAUGUAACAACGCCAGCUUUUCGUUCCAGGAGAUCUGCUCAGUGCUGCCUCGCGACGACUACCCCGUCUUUUAUCAGCUCUACGUGAACAAAGAUCGUAGAGUGACUGAGCAGAUUGUACGAGACGUGAGCAAAUGGAAGGGACUGCAGGCCAUCAUCGUCACCGCCGACCUUCCUGUGGUAGGAAAGCGGGAGGAUGACGAGAGACUCAAGAUCGACAGCAAUUACAAGCAGCCCAAGAGUUUUCAGAGCCAGAAGCUUUCAAAGGACAAAAAGGGAUCCGGGUUGGCGCGAGCUACAGGCACGUUCAUCGACGCCGAUCUGAAAUGGAAUGACAUUCGGUGGCUUCAGACACUGACACAUGUGCCAAUCUUUGUUAAGGGCAUCCAGUGCGCAGCAGACGCGCGCAAGGCGCUUGAGAUGGGCUGCAAGGGUAUCUACAUCACGAACCACGGAGGCCGCGCUGUGGAUACCGCGCAGCCGAGUCUGUUAACAUUGCUCGAAAUUAAUGCCAAUUGCCCAGAGGUGAUGGAACAGAUGGAGGUGUUCAUUGAUGGCGGCAUUCGUCGCGGAACAGAUGUCUUGAAAGCGAUUUGCUUGGGUGCAAGUGGCGUUUGCAUGGGCCGCCCGUUUCUGUUCGCUGUUGGAUACGGAGAGGAGGGUGUUGCACACGCCAUUGAUAUAAUCAAGGAUGAGCUUGAGACGGCUAUGCAGAUGAUUGGCAUCACCAGCCUUGAUCAAGCUCACCCGGGACUCCUGAAUACAGGCCAGCUGGAUCAUAUGGUAAUCAGAGGCGACAAACAUCCCUGGGCCCACAAGGUGGUUCGAAAAUCGAAACUUUAGAAUGUGCAUCUUAUUAGAUGAGGUGCAGGUGUAGAAUUAGAACAAGGAGACCAAAAUUGACGCAGGGUUCCUCAAUCAGCAGGCUGGGCAACCAGUGAUGGCAUGAGCUUGAGAUCCUUGCAUUGGCUGCAGUGGCGGCAUGGCGGUAAACAUAAUCUCAAGAACAGCUUUUUCACCACUAGCCUCGAAUUGAUGGACGUCCGUACUACGGAUACGUUGAGGAGCUGAGGAUCCGAGAUUGUGAUAGAAGAUAGAAUGAUGCCAUAGAGAAGUACUUUAGGCCCUGUGCAAGCCUGGUG